AUAUUAUAACCGCGGCACAUAACACAGAAAUUUUGUUUAUUCGCUUGGAUUUGAUUAUUGUGUCUGUUUUGUGGUUGACGGUGUUUUAUGGUGUACAUUUUGUGGUUGACAGGAGUUUUUGUAGGUUUUGUAUUGUGAUUAAAGCCAUAAUAAAUAAAAGUGUUGUGAAUAAAAGAUUCAGUGUAUAUAUUUUGUGUAACAGAUGGCUACAUCGAAAUCAACCAACACCUAUAACAGGCAAAACUGGGAAGAUGCCGACUUCCCAAUCCUAUGCCAGACGUGUCUGGGAGAUAACCCUUACAUUCGUAUGACGAAGGAAAAGUAUGGUAAAGAGUGCAAAAUAUGCUCCCGACCCUUCACAGUUUUUCGUUGGUGUCCAGGUGCUAGGAUGCGCUUCAAGAAGACCGAGGUCUGCCAGACUUGCAGCAAACUGAAGAAUGUUUGUCAAACAUGUUUGCUAGACUUGGAGUAUGGCCUGCCGAUUCAAGUGAGAGAUGCUGCUUUGAAAAUCAAAGAUGACGUUCCGAAGAGUGAUGUCAACAAGGAAUACUAUAUACAAAACAUGGAGAGAGAGCUAGCUAAGGCCAACACGGAUUUGAUGAAUAAUAAACUCGGUGAAUCUAAUGAUUUGCUGAUGAGGCUUGCAAGGACAGCACCUUAUUAUAAGAGAAACCGUCCUCAUGUAUGUUCCUUUUGGGUUAAAGGAGAAUGUAGAAGAGGUGAGGAGUGUCCAUAUCGCCAUGAAAAGCCCACAGACCCUGAUGACCCGUUAGCUGACCAGAACAUCAAGGAUCGUUACUAUGGUAUGAAUGAUCCUGUAGCAGACAAGUUGCUCAAAAGAGCUGCCGCAAUGCCUGCACUGCUCCCUCCAGAGGAUAAGACCAUCACAACUUUAUAUAUUGGCAAUCUAGGCAAUUUAACUGAGCAGGACGUUCGAGAUCAUUUUUACCAAUACGGAGAAAUCCGAUCGGUAAGUUUGGUGCCAAAGCAGCAGUGUGCUUUUGUACAGUACACUACACGAGCUGCAGCUGAACAGGCUGCUGAGAAGACGCUUAACAAAUUGAUACUUGGAGGACGUCGGUUGACGAUAAAGUGGGGCAGAUCUCAAGGAAGAUUGGGGCCAGCAGCAUCGGCGUCUCAAGCCUCGGCCGACAUCUACGAGCCGGUGCCCGGUCUGCCGACAGCCAUCCCGGACAUCUCGAACAACUUUUUCAACCUGGAUGGAAGCGGUACCGGUCACCCGGGCGGUAUCCCGCUGCCUCCGCCUCCUCCGACGCUCGUCGUGCCGUCGAUGUUCGCAACGGCGCCGCCGUUCUUCUUCAAUCCUCCGCAGAUGCCGCCUCCGUUCGCUACCGCGCCGCCCCCUUCGCUGGGGGCGGUCGCCGCUGCUGCUGCUGCCGUUGCGGAUGCGCCUCCGGGUAAGUCUUUUUUUUAUUAGGUAUAAAGUUAUGUCCUUUCUGAUGUCGCAUUUCUUUCCUGACUCCUGAUAACUUAAUUUACAGACCACGUAGAUCUUAUGCAGAAAUUCAGUUACUGCAUCAGACAUAUCCUAAACGGCUUCUACAAAAAUGCGUCGACCGGAACGGCGCAAUUACGUAGAAAAAAUGUUGUACAUUUUUAAAAAGAUAAGACCUUGCUUACUGCCCGCCUAAUAUACUUUUGAUUGCAGGCAC